AUGUCAGAUCCAGACCAGUACACUGUUGGUUGGAUAUGUGCCUUGGAGACAGAAUACGUCGCUGCCCGAGCUUUUUUCGAGAAGAAACAUCCUCGCCCGGAGACGCUUUCGCCAAACGAUAAUAAUCACUACACGCUGGGGGAAGUCGGCGGUCAUCGGAUUGUUAUUGCCGUUCUGCCAGAUGGAGAAUACGGGAUAUCAUCAGCUGCUGGGGUGGCUAGGGAUAUGGUCCACAGCUUUCCGAACAUCCGAUUUGGGCUCAUGGUUGGGAUUGGUGGUGGGGUGCCUACAAAGCAUGACAUCCGUCUUGGCGAUGUUAUCGUGAGCUCAUCUCGAAAUGGGAGAGGUGGCCUGCUGCAAUACGACCUCGGUAAAGAGUUGCAAGGGCAAGAGUUCUAUCAAACCGGGUUCUUGAACCAGCCGCCGCCGAUUCUACGCACAGCUGUCGCUGGGCUCCAAGCACAGUAUGAGGAGGAGGGCCAUCAGUUGAAGGAGAGCAUUCAAGCCGUGCUUGAAGGCAAUAAUCGACUGAAACGGAGAUAUAUGCAAUCUCCUUUCGAGGCCGACAGACUUUUUGAAAGCCAGUUUGCUCAUCUGAAUCCCCAUGCCAACUGUGGCGAGAUUUGUGACAGUUCAAACUUGAUUUGUCGACCAAAGCGAACCGAUGAGGAAUAUGACCCUGCUAUUCACUAUGGCUUGAUAGCAUCUGGGAACAGAGUGAUCAAGGAUGCAAUAUUCCGUGAUAAGCUAGCAGCAGAGAAGGAUGUUUUAUGCCUUGAAAUGGAAGCAGCUGGAUUAAUGAACCAUUUCCCUUGCUUGGUUAUCCGUGGUGUUUGCGACUAUGCCGACUCGCACAAGGGCAAGGAAUGGCAAGGUUGGGCUGCAAUGAUGGCGGCUGCAUAUGCAAGGGAUCUCUUGUAUCAAAUUGUCCCCCAGCGGGUAAAGGCUGAGCGAAGAGUCAGCGAACUAUUGGAUGGAAUCAAAAGCCAACUGGCUAACGUAUCCAAGGACAUCGACAACCUUCGUUCGAUCACUAGCGGAUCGGCGCAAGAAGUACAUGCGCUUGCCGAGAGCAUUGAUUUGAAGGAUCUACCAGUUGCUACAGGAGCUGAAUUUGGAACAUAUAUGGAUCAACACGAAGAAGAAUGCCUCCCAGGGACCCGAAAAGAGCUUCUCCUCGACAUUCGAGAUUGGGCUGUAUCAGAUCAAGGAAAAUGUAUUUUCUGGCUGAAUGGUUUGGCCGGAACUGGCAAGUCCACAAUAUCACGAACCGUGGCAAAAGACCUUCAGGAGCAAGGGCUGUUGGGGGCGAGCUUCUUCUUCAAGAGAGGUGAAGGAGACCGCGGUAACGCAGCUCGCUUCUUUCCUACUAUCAUCCAACAGCUAUUUACCAGAAUCCCGGAACUUCGCGCUGCUAUCCUGCAGGCGAUUCGGGAUAAUCCGAGAAUCUCAACCAUGCCACUUAAGGAGCAAUUUGAGGAGCUUAUUCACAGACCACUCCACAGUUUAAGUCAAUCUAGUCUCCAGAGCUUGCGUCUUGUAGUUGUGGUUGAUGCACUUGAUGAAUGCGAUCGUGAUGAUGAUAUUAAAGUCAUCCUCCAGCUCUUGCCACGAGUUCAGGAUGUCAACUCUCUUUGUUUACGAUUUUUCAUUACCAGCCGACCCGAGCUGCCUCUUCGAUUAGGCUUCAAUGCAAUUGACCAUCGUGACCUAAUCCUCCAUGAGGUACCCAAGCCUAUAAUAGAACGUGAUAUCUCGAUGUUCUUAAAAGAAAAAUUUGUUUCGAUAAGGCACACUCGAUCCCUCUCUUCAGACUGGCCUGGCUAUGUGAAUGCCCAACGCCUUGUUACCAUGUCAGUCCCGUUAUUUAUCUUUGCUGCCACGAUAUGUCGUUUAUUUGAGGAUUACAAUCUCGAUCCCGCGCAGUGUCUCACCGAGAUCCUCAAAUACCAGAAUCAUGAGUCAAAGUUGGAUGGAACAUAUCUGCCAGUGCUGGACCGCCUGGUCUCUAAAUACAAUGGAAAAACACAAAAGCAGUUGAUUCAGGGGGUCCGAGAAGUUGUCGGCACAAUUAUUCUUCUUGAGAGCCCAUUAUCAUUUACAUCCCUCUCAAAGUUCAUGGGAAUCUCCACGCAGUCCAUCCCUGCCAGACUGAACUCACUGCACUCUGUCCUGUAUAUACCGAAUAAUGACAUACUACCAGUGAGGCUCUUCCAUCAAUCGUUUCGAGACUUUCUUCUUGACCCCAGCACUCGCGGAAAAACUCCAUUUUGGGUUGAUGAGAAGGAAAUGAACCAGACAAUAUUUAUCUCGUGUCUUUCUGUCAUGCGCGAGUACCUCAAGAAGAACAUAUGCAGACUUGGAAGCUAUGGAACUAAGCGCAGCGAUAUCAAUCACAAGUCUAUUGACCACUAUUUACUACCAGAGCUGCAGUAUUCCUGUCGCUAUUGGAUUCACCAUUUAGCUCGAAGCAACGACCCGAUGAGCCAGGUUAAUGAUAUCUUAACAUUCCUAAAAGAGCACUUCCUUCAUUGGCUGGAGUCAAUGAGCAUUUUAGGGAUAACACCUGAAGCAAUAAUUGCAGUGAAUUCUUUGCUCCAGCUGACCAAAGUAUGUAUUAGACUAGGUUGUGGCAGCCGACUGACUAACACUAAUGGGAAAUCCAGGAUACAUCCAGUAAUGAGAUGUACGUCUUUCUCUUAG